GGUCUUUGCACGCCUGGAGAGACAUCUUUGGGUGUCAGUGCAAGGCUCGUCAAGAUGUCGAGCGGACAGGUGAUCCGUGCGACGCAGAUGUUCACGAAACACGGAAAUUCGACUAAGGUAUCUGUGCUGAAGGAGAUUGGUUAUGGACUUGGUCUAGGCCUCGCCUUUGGUCUCGUCUGGAAGACAUACCACUGGAAUGAGAAGAGGAAAAUUGAGGAGUACUACGAGCAGCUAGCAGCUUUGCCAGACAAGCAAUAGGGGUUCACCCCCCAGAUGCUUGCCAUCAGCAUGAGCACGAUGGGCAAAGAUAUCCAGCAGGAGGGCAAACACUAUUGAGGCUUCCAUCGCUCAUGGACAGAUCACUUGCACCCACCUGCCGGACUUAAGUUUUGGCAACUGAGGCAGUGCAACAGAUCAUCGGCUGGGAUCAGGCCAUCAACAGGAAUUAGAUGCCUUGCAAUAAAGUGUACUGAAGAGCAAGGACCUUGGAGGCCCAGCAAAAUCCCAUGUGCAUUUGCAGCAUGGUGUGUGUGCAAAGAGGGGGGCAAGUGCACCUCUGAUUUGCAUCUCUUGAAGUGCAGACAGAUGUAACAAGUGAAGAGAUGA